UAUAUGAAAAGCUCGGGAAUUCAUCGCUUCUGCUAUUGGCUUUCCUCUUCAGUAUUUUGGAUUUGUUUUAUGACUCUGUUUCACCAUUCACUAUAAGUAUUUGUCUGGGAAACACAUCUUGUGCGACGAAAUAGUUGUUGGAGGAACUACAUGCCCAAAAAAAGAAAAGGAAAGUGUGCUAGUGAGUAGCUUGAAAACCACAGCCACUAAAAUGGCAACAGCUGGGCCUGGAAGCGACAGCCGAAGUGAGAGCAGCAACAAUGCCUCAGGUGGAUCAGACAAAGGUGGAGAAGACUCAACAGACAAUUCCAAUUUUGAGUGUAACAUUUGCCUCGACACAGCAAAGGAUGCCGUCAUUUCCAUGUGUGGCCAUCUAUUCUGCUGGCCAUGUUUACACCAGUGGCUUGAGACCAGGCCAAACAACCAGACGUGUCCAGUUUGCAAGGCGGCGAUCUCGCGUGAGAAGGUAAUCCCGUUGUAUGGCAGAGGCUCAGGAAACCAACAGGACCCCAGUCCCCCUCGCCUCCUGCGAGAACGGCCGGACCGCAGUUACAUCUGCUUUUGUUCCGUUCCAUUUGAUGCGCUUUUCCCUUCGGCAUUUUCACGACAUUCAACAACUGGGGCGGAGGUGCAGUUCCACCAGAAAUGGAGAGGGAUUUGCCGCAGCUUCUACGAUAUAUUUUGCUCAUUAUGGCCUUCUUCUUCUAUUGGAAUCUCUUCUUUGGCUGACCAGGAAGCUCCCGGAACCCAGCAGUACCAGGAGGAGCGGUUUCUCUCUCAAGUGUUGAUGGCCAUGGCUCUGCUCUUCCUAUUCUGGCUUAUCCUUGUCUAAGGUAUAUCAUGUGAACUUCUUUGGCAUUCAAUCUCCCCGCCUUCCCCAGUUUUACCUUAAUCCAAAUAGCAUCUGGAGUUGUGUGAUUAUGACAGACCUUUGUAUAUUUCUUCAACUUGAAGGGGUGGCAGAUAUGUCAGUGGUUCUCAACACAUUAUGACCCAGAAGUGAAGUAAACUUGGGGCAAAUAUGUAAAGGGAAUUCUUCCAAAAUGAUGCAGAAGUUAAUGAGCUUGUUUGAAUCUGAAAGUGCAUUGUGCUCUGAUCAUUGUAACAGUUAUGGCCACAAAGUAAUCACCAUUAGUGUCAGUGCCUAAAAAUCAAAUUGCUCUGGUUUGAGUGCAUGUGUAUUUGUGUGCUUGUUUGUUUUUCAGUUGUAAGUUUGUAUACAUGUAUGUAUUAUACUUAUGUGUGUGUGUGCAAAUUAUAUGUAUAUAUAU